AUGGCGCCGUGGUAUAGUAAGCGCCGUAUACUACGGUUGUGCGGAAGGCGACACAAGCCCGCUUCUGUUACGUACUCAACGCCAACGAGCGGAGUAUAUAGGUGGUCGCAUUGCGCAUAUACCGGCCAGCAAAACUAUACCGCCAUGUCUCCCCCUUUUGCUUUGCGCCUUUUCUCUCUGACCGCCCUCGCGGGGUUGGCGGCGGCGACCAUUCGCACGUACGACGGAAACGCGACGCUGUGGACACCGAGCUUCUACCCCGGCGCGUGCGGGACCAUCGUGCACGCCUCAGACCACGCAGUCGCACUCUCGGCGAACCUCUUCAGCACGACGCUUUGCGGGCAGAUCGUCGCCAUCGAGAACACAGACAAGGGUUUCGGCGGCGAGGUCACCGUGGGCGACCUCUGCGACGAAUGCGCGCCAACGGAUAUCAAAAUCACUUCUGGCGGAUAUGUAUCGCUGGCGGGUGGCGCGGACAAGUUCCCCGCAGAGUGGGUUUUGGGAAUCUUUGAUUAG